AUGAUAAAAGUCAACUUAUUCUUCCAUCAUGGUGGUGAUUGGAUUCGAGAACCACAUGUAUUGUAUGAAAAGAAAUGGGUUCACUAUUGGAGAGAGUAUGAUCUUGAUCUCUUAUCUUAUAUUGACAUUGUAAAUGAGUACACUUUCCAGUUAGGAUUUGUAGGUGUCCAACAAUUAAUUGUUGCUAGACCAUCUGAAAAGUACUUUGAAUUAGAAGGUGACGAAGGUAUUAGGAAAUUAUUAUCAUUUGUCUCCGAAGAAUACCAUGUCAUUCAUUUCUUUGCUACUGAUGAAUGUGAAAUAGUUGUGCAUGUUCCAAAUAUUCUACAAAGUGAUAAAUCAUUUUUCUUAGUACCUAAUUUUGUUAAUGAAGCUGGGACAGAUGCUCAUGUUCCAAAUGUUCUACAAAAUGAUGACUCACUUUUCUUAGUACCUAAUUUUGUUACUGAAGUUGGGACAGAUUGUAGUGACACUGAGGAUGAUAAUGGUAUGGCAUUUGAUUGUCCAGAAUAUGAUAGUGAGGAAUUAGAGAGACUUGCUACCCACAAGAGAAGGGCUAUCACUGAAAAUUUGAAUGAUUUUAGGGAGUUAGUUAAGGGUAUGACCUUCAAGGACAUACCAGAAGCAAGGAAUUUUUGUAGACUUUACGCACUAGCAAACAAGAAAGAGUUAGUCGUUGGAAAAAGUGAUACGCAUAGGGUUAGAUAUUCAUGUGAUGCUGUAGGAUGCCCAUUUAUAUGCCACAUAUCUGAUGAUGAUACUAGUGUUGGGGUGACUGUUAAGACUUUAAUUCCUCAUAGUAAUUGUGGUGUAGUGUAUGAUAACCCACUGAUCAACUCUAGUAUCAUAGCUCAAUAUUUCAAGGGAAAGUUACAAGAUGACCCAAAAUACAAGAUAAAAGAUAUGAGGGCUGACUUACAUAGAGUUUUUGAUUUAAAUGUAAGUGAAGGAAAAUGUAAAAGAGCCAAAAGAGAGGUCCUGGAAACUCUGGAAGGUAGUUUUACAGAUAAUUACAAAAAACUGGAGGCCUAUGCAAAUGAAUUGAGAGAAUCAAAUCCAGGAAGUGAUGUUGUGAUUAAUUUGUCCAAGGAGGCACUAGCUCAAGGUAAAAGGAAAUUUCUAAGAAUGUAUAUUUGUUUCAAGGCAUUGAAAAUGGGUUUUAAGGAAGGGUUAAGACCAUUUAUUGGGUUAGAUGGUACAUUCCUUAAAGGAAAAGCCAAGGGUCAAGUACUGGUUGCUAUUGGUCAAGAUAGUAUGAACCAAUUUUACCCUCUAGCAUGGGCAGUGGUUGAUAAAGAGACCAAGAGGACUUGGAGCUGGUUCUUACAGCAGUUGCAACACUCACUUGAACUCCAUAAUGGCAAAGGAAUAACCUUCAUAUCAGACAUGUAGAAGGGACUGCUUGAUGCAGUAAAGAAUGUACUGCCUGAAGCACAUCGGAGAUUUUGUGUAAAGCACAUUGAGGCAAAUUAGUGCAAAAGGUGGAGUAAAGGUGAGUUGAAGAAGCUUCUGUGGUGGGGUGCAUGGUCCUCCUAUGCUGAGGAAUUUGGAGACCAACUUGAACGGAUGAAGCAGU